AUGGAGAAGUCACAGAUUCUGUUCUUCGAGGACCGGGACUUCCAGGGAAAGUCCUACGACUGCAAAGGCGACUCGGUCGACCUGCACGGCUUCAUUCGCCGGUGCAACUCGGUCAAGGUGGAAGGAGGCUGGUGGGUUCUGUACGAGCGCAACAACUACACAGGCUACCAGUAUGUCAUCGGUCCCGGGGAAUACAACGAGUACCGUCGCUGGAUGGGCUUCAACGACUGCGUCAGGUCCUGCAGGAUCAUCAAGAACGCGAAAGGGCCGUACAAACUGAAGCUGUUCGACCAGCCGAGCUUCGACGGUCAGAGUCUGGAGCUGACGGAGAACAUGAAGGCGAUGCAGGAGAAGUGGAUGCGGCAAGAAGUCCAGUCCUGUAAAGUCCUGGACGGCUCCUGGGUUUUCUUUGAACAUCCCAACUUCUGUGGUCGUCAGUACCUGCUGGAGAAAGGCGAGUACAAACACCACUCGGAGUGGGGGGCUCUGAAGGCUGCUGUGGGCUCCAUCAGAAGAAUGACGGAGAAAUGA